AUGCAGGUUCUCAGCACCUUGAUUCUCUGCUCGGCGGGACUUGCUUUGGCAUAUGAGGUGCCCGCCAAUUUGCAAGAAAUUUACAAAUCCCACAAGGCUGCUAAAUGCGACAACCUACUUGCUAAAGGAUUUAGCGAUGGGGGCAAAGGCACCGACAUGGGUUAUUGCGGCGAUAUAGACGGGGCUAUCUUCUUGCACAGUACCUCCAAGGGAGGAGCGUACGCUGACAUGGACGUCGAUUGUGAUGGCGCCAAUAACUCCGAGGGGGGUUGCUCCAAUGAUCCGAGUGGCCUAGGUGUCACGGCGUUCCAGGAUGAAGUGAAACACUUUGGCAUCAAGGACUUAGAUGCGAACAUUCACCCCUAUGUUGUCUUUGGAAAUGAGGAACACGAGCCUUCGUUCAUGCCUGAUAAGCACGGCAUGGAGCAUCUCAGUGUGAUGGCGAUUGUGUGUGGUGGUCAACUGCACUACGGCAUUUGGGGUGACACCAACGGUGGAACUUCCACCGGAGAAGCUUCCAUCUCUCUAGCUAAACUCUGCUUCCCUAAGGAGGACAUUACCGGUGACAGCGGACACAGCGAGAAGGAUGUUUUGUACAUUGGCUUCACCGGAAGGAGCGCAGUUCCGGGAUCCAAGGCAGACUGGAAAGCGAAGGACAGCAAGACGUUUGAAAAUAGCAUCAAGUCUCUUGGCGAUAAAUUGGUCGCGGGGCUUGGUUCGGCUGGAUCUAAAAGCUCUGUCAAAGCGGAUGCAUCGUCACUGACCACAUCCGCGCGGACUACCGCCACAACUUCCACCAAGAGUCGCACUUCUUCCGGCGCUCCUGCAGGCACAUCGAAAGCGUGUCGCACAGACUAG